CAACAACAACAACAACAACAACAACAACAACAACAACAACAACAACUAGAUCUACACAAGAAAGCAGUAAGAUCCCAGGUACACACUUCACGGACUUCAGAUUCAGAGACUGAGAAAAGCAGUUUUAUAAUAGGCCUAAUAUGAGGAACAAGUUUGAUGAAAGCGUUGCUUUAAGCAGACAUUCACCGACUAAAAUGUUUUCACUCUAGAAAUGUCUGCACCUCUAUUCCUCUGUGCUACAUUGGCCCUCAAGUUAAUAAAGGAGAGCAUUAAUAAUGUAGGCAUGCACCCACUUUGGUCCAUUACCCAAGCUGGACCAUCAAAGCGAGCAAUUAUUGUAAUGUCGGUCGUUUAGUUUGGCGGGACGCAUACUAUUAGAGUCAAAACCGCGCCACGCUGAAGCGAAGCCCCCUCUCGAACAACGAUAAUUUUGUUGGCCGACUCGAGCACACACACACACACACACACACACACACACACGCCCGCGUUAUCGGCUUACGAGCUGAACUUUACUGAGAAUUGUUAUCGCGACUAGCGGUUCGCUGAUUGACAUUUUGUAUUGAGGACCUCGACUGUGGGGUCCACUCUUUUUGGAGAAAGCGCGGUGAGAGAGACAAUUGAUCAUGUUUGAUCUAGAUAUAAAUACGAGAGCGAUCAAGAUCUAGAUCUAAUGAUUCUUGGCGUGCCCAUCAACCCGACGUGUUACAUUAAAUAUUUCCUUUUCUGGGAUACCGAAUUUUGAAAUCGGACGCACCGUGCAUUCACAUUGCGCUGACUCGGAGGGCUUUGAGUGUGCUUUUAUUUUUGUGUGAGGUGUGAGGACAGAGGAGGGGUAUUGUGUGCAAGAGUGACGCAUGAACAAAGUUUUAGCCUACUUCGCCAUUCUACAUGUUUGUUAUCUGCCGUGUCCAUCACGCCUUGUGUCAUUGUGAUAACGUAUCUGCCGAGCUGUGAACGAUUAUUGUGUUGUGCUGUGACCCAACAUUAUAUUACACAUGGUCUUGACAGCGCAACACGUAGGUUAGCAGCAAGGUGCGACACGAUCUCUGGAUUAAAGACACCGCUGGGAGUACAAUGGCGAGCCUGAGAUAACGGCAACAUUCCAUUCAACUGUCAUCUCGUCGUGCCAGAUACAGACAGAUCACGGGUCAAGAGAAGAAGGAAAAAGAUACCACGUUGUUUUUCUGUCCAUGCUGGUCCAUUCAACACUAUCUCUCUUUCCCUCCAUUUCUCUUCUCUAACCAACGCCUUGUUAAAGGGGCGCAUCUUUGAAGGAAUAAUAACUUUUCGUUCGGACUUUAAAAACAUCAAUGAACUUGUAACUUGUAACUUGAAUGACCUCGAUCACAAUGCCGGCAAACACACCCGAGGAUCAGUGGAUUGCUAUCCAGCACAAGACCUUCGUCAACUGGGCGAAUGAACAACUCAGUUUGG